CCUGAACUUGAGAGGAUGGCUUCAGAUGGAGCAUCUCUGUUGUCAGGAUCGGAUGUGACUGUGAAACCCGGCACCGCCAUGUCUCCUUUUGCCGCUCUUUCCUUCCCCCCACCGACCUCCGGCCCAGCAGACCAGCCGCCCUGGGAGCCAGGCCCACAGCCCUCUGUGCCUUCAGCCUUCUCUGCAGGCAGCUCUCUGGUGCUGUCUGCUUUCCCCAGCCCACUGCUGACGACAGGGGAUGGGGGCCCUGGCCCCAGUGGGGCCGGCAAGGUCAUUGUCCAAGUCAAGACAGAAGGGGGGCUGGCUGAGUCCCCUCCAACUCACAGCUUUGUCCUUACUCAGACUGCCCUCAACUGGAUUGCCUCAGGUGCUCCUGGCGCGGGCCCUGAUGGUCUUCCACCGCUGUUUGUGACAGCCUCUAAUGCGAAGCCCAUUCUGCCUGCUAAGGCCGUUGGGGUGAGCCAGGAGGGGCCCCCAGGCCUUCUUCCUCAAGCUCUGCCACCAGCUGCCCACCUGGCCCCCGUUAUCCCCCCGGAGAAGGCUUGGCCAGGGCCACAUGGGGCUCCCGGGGAAGGAGGCCCCGCGGCCACCCCAUCCAAGCCCUCACUGGGUGAACUCUCCUAUGCCUCCAAGGGCGUUUAUGAGAAUUUCCGACGUUGGCAGCGCUACAAAGCCUUGGCCCGGAGGCACCUAUCCCAAAGUCCUGAUGCAGAAGCUCUUUCCUGCUUUCUUAUCCCAGUGCUUCGUUCCCUGGCCCGGCUGAAGCCCACCAUGACCCUGGAGGAGGGACUGCCGAGGGCCGUCCAGGAGUGGGAGCGCACCAGCAACUUUGACCGGAUGAUCUUUUAUGAGAUGGCAGAAAAGUUCAUGGAGUUCCAGGCUGAGGAAGAGGUGCAGAUUCAGAAUGCGCAGCUGUUGAAUGGGUCCCAAUGCCUGCCUCCCGCAGCCCCUCUAAAACUCGAUCCUCUGGCGCCCCCAGCCCCUGAGAUUUGCCAGCGGCCAGCGUACGUCCCAAAGAAGGCAGUCUCCAAGACGAGGGCCCCUCGCCGGCGGCAACGCAAGUCCCAGAAGCCUCCAGUUCCUGAGGCACCCAAGGAGAUCCCCCCGGAAGCGGUUCAAGAGUAUGCUGACAUCAUGGAAGGGCUGUUGGGGAGCCACUCAGCCACUGGGGAGUCAGAUGGACACCGGGAAGAGGAAGAAGAGCAGCAGCAGGAGGAGGAAGGGAUGUACUCAGAUCCAGGUCUCCUGAGCUACAUCGAUGAACUGUGUUCUCAGGAAGUCUUUGUUUCCAAGGUGGAGGCCAUCAUUCACCCUCGAUUUCUAGCAGAUCUGCUGUCCCCAGAACAGCACAGGGACCCCUUGGCCUUAUUCGAGGAGCUGGAGCAAGAAGAAGGGCUAACUCUCACUCAGCUGGUACAGAAGCGACUCAUGGCCUUAGAAGAGGAGGAUGCAGAGGCGCCUACAAGCUGCAGUGGAGCUCACUCGGACUCCAGUCCUUCUGUUUCUGAUGAGGAUGAAGAUGGGGUUGGGCGGCUUCGGCCCUCAUCCGGGCCUCGGGUGUCUGGGGGCACCGUUCGCCCCGGAAAGGCUGCUUCUCCAGGAAAGCGGGCAAGGGAAGGGCAUGGGGGGCAGGAGCGAGCCCUGGAUGGCCCGAGGGGGAUGCGCAGGGAUGGGGACACUCUGCCAUCCCCCAACAGCUGGGACCUGCAGCUAGAACUAGCACAAGGCACUUGGGGACCCUCGGGCACAGAGAGGAGAGGGUCUGAGAAGGUUACAAACCAGAUACCCCCGCAUCUGGAGGGCCAUCUGGGAGGCGCAGUGUCCCCUGGGCACUCCCUGGUGGCUGAUGGCACUUCAAAGGCCCUACCCCUUUGCUGGCAGGAAGACCCCCAGCUGGAGGGAGUUCCCUGUUUGGAAGGUGGACUUGCCCAGCCAGCUUCUCUGCAGAGUCAGGGGUUAGAAAAGCGGGUCCUGGAGCUUCAGACAGGACUGCAGACGGGGGAUGUUGGAGCGCUUCAAGGGAAGGAGCCUUUAGCAUCGACCCAAGAAGGCUCUCCAGGAGCCAUGUGGGGAGAUGACGGAGACCCUCUGAUGGCCCAGAGUUAUGCUCCGGACCCUUCCCCUGGAACAGCUGGAGACACCGAUGGGGCCCUUCUCAGUCCAGAACUUUGGCUGAGCAGUGAUAUAGAUGCUGUAGGCUUGGAGCUGCCCUUAGAAAUUGAGGAGAUCAUAGAGACCUUCCAAGAUGGGGAAUGUGUAACCGAGCACCAGGGAGGCUGCGAGGCGCUGGGCUCUGGUAGCAACAUCUCUCUGUGCCUUGGAGAAACCACACUGCCUGGGGAUGUGGGGCGCAGUGCACUUCCCUGUGGAGACACCGAUGCCAUGGCUGCUUCAGAAAAGAGCAACCACUGCAGCUUGCCGGGAUCUCUGAGCGCCAGCAGCCCUGCCUUGAGGCUCAAAGAAGAUAGUGAACACAACCCGGAGACGGCUCGGGACCCGAGUGAUCUGUGGGCUGAAGGUUGUGCUCUAUUGCUGGAGAGCAGAAUUGAUGCCCCUACACUGGGGUCUUCCAAAGAAACCCUCCUGCCAGCAUGUCAAGGCAAUAUCCUUAUCCUGGGGACCCAGGAUGCCUCCUCCUUCCCUGAGGCCAGCAAAGGUGCAGGGAGCAGAGGCAAUUCCAUCUCUCCUCUGUUGGAAACCACAGAGCAUGUCAGCCUACUAGAUGUUGGAGAUAGCCAUGGCCUCCAACUGGGGGAGGUCAGAGAGGAUACUCAUCUAUCAAAACCAAAAGACCUUGCUCCCUCAGUAGGAACCCCCAAAUCAACAUCUCCUCACCAGGGCCUUGGAAGCUCUCCCCCUAGAUUGGGAACUAGGGAUGCCUUAGUUCUGAGGGAGACGUCUCCUGGAAGCGAAACACGCAGCUCAGCAGAUGGGGCCAGCAAAGAGAAAGAGGAGGAUGAGGAAGAUGAGGAACUCUCUAACUUUGCCUACCUCUUGGCCUCUAAACUCAGCCUGUCACCAAGAGGGCUUCCCCUCUGUCCUCGCCCCGCCUCAGGCCUGCCCUCUGUAGGUCAGGGGGUCAAGAAAGCACUCCACUCCCUUUCUGCUGAGGUAGGAAGUCUCGGCCCACCUCCACAUCCUGUUGCCAAAUCUGGGAAGCGAGCUCUAGUUAGAGGUCCAGCACCUGUUAAAAAGAGGCCCCACCCAGGAGCUGGCCUUGGGGUCUCUGGGGAGAAACCAUUGGCUCUAGUUGUUCGCCCCUCACAGCCUCGUAAAAGGCGGCGUGACAGUUUUGUCACGGGGAGAAGGAAAAAGCGACGCCGUAAUCAGUAGUGAGUGGGAGGACCAUCCUCUUCCACCUGCCAAUCCUGUGGGGGCCCAGAGCAGACUUCACCCCUACCACAUACGCAGACUCUUUCUUGGCCAAAUUUGUUUUGUUGUUCUACAAAAGCGAUGAGGGUGGGGAUGUUAGACUCACUAGGGUGGAGAUGGUCCCCUU